AUGGACUUUGUGUACCAAACGAUUGACUUUAUUCAUUCCAAUAGCGACCUUUCAGACAAGAACAAGGUGGCGUUGUUGAGCGGUUGUUAUGUCGGAACCUUUGAAAAUAACUCGAUACAAAAUAUUAUCAAGCAUUUAGGCUCUAAUUGUAAUAAUACUUGUGACCAAUUAGACUCUCUAUUGGAUUGGUAUGGCAAGUUGAUAGAAUUAUCCAAUCACAAACGGAUUCGGUAUCCCGAAGAAUAUAAAGAAUUGAUUGCUAUUUUGGAAUCCGAAAACAAAUCCACCUCUCGCCAAUACAACAUUAAACCACAAAUUGAAUUUAAACAGAAUCAUCAGCUCGUUGUUGAGUUUCAUACACAACGAAUGGCACCAUCAUAUAAUUCUAGCAAUGAAAAGACAGAUCAUUAUGAAACUUUUAUUUCCUUUAAAUGUAUUCCAUACUCUGAGCCGAAAAACAGAUUAUGUGCUAAAUUUGGAAGUGAAAAUUUUGUUAUUGUGAAAAUGCACGUUCCAACUCUAUACUUACAAGACAUAAUACGUGCCAUCUACGACGAAGAUUCUAAACAUUUAUCAGACGAAGAUUGUGAUAAUGAAACCUAUUCCUUCAUUAGAAAACAUUUAUUACUCUCUUUUGUUGGAGAACAGUUAUCAGACAAGAUCAAGCAAAAAGAAAGAAUAUGGAUGUACAAACAAUUAGAAGGUUGUAAUAUCAAGAAUAUUUUACAAAAUCCAAUCAAGAUCCACGACAAGGAGUUUGUAUUCUUGUGUUGCAAUGCCACAGGUGCCCUCAAACACAAGUACAUCUAUGCCAAUCGAUCUAUAAUGCCAUCUAUUUGUGAAUGGGCUUUUGCGGAUGAUACAUUCAAUGCAAGCAAGGUGUUUAAUAUGGACAAGCCGAUGACACUUCCUUUAAGAAUCAGCUUAUUGAACUCUUUAGGUGUUCGAACGAUCAACAAUUUGAAGUUCAAGGUGAUACCAGAUAUAAUUGAAGAAAAUUCAAACCAUACUGAUGGAUCUGGCAUUAUUGUGAGUGAAAAUGUUGUUCGAAAAAUCAUCCAAGCAUACAAGAAAAACUUUUUUACGACAAGCGAUCCCAUUGGAAUCAACACAAGUGAAGAUAUUAUUCACACAACUACAAACGAGAUUGAUUUUUCGACAAAUUACAAAAAUUCGAAAAGGUUAUCCCAUGACUUGCCAGAUCUUUCUUCAGAGUAUCCAAAUUACAUUCCUUGUGCAUUUCAAAUACGAUUUAGAGGAUUCAAAGGAAUGCUAGCAUAUUAUCCCAAGGUCGAGGAUUUGAGAGAGGAAACGAAAAAUACUAUCAGUGAAGAGACUGAAAUACUUUUCAGAGAAUCCAUGGAAAAAUUUCAUACUCCUGAAGCUGAUUGUGAUAUCUUGAACUCACUAUUUGUUGUUGGACUUUCAACUCCAGCGCCUCAUGUCAUACUUUCUUCUGAAUUGAUUUACAUGUUUUGUGGUCUGACAACACAGCCUGAAUUGUUGUGGCGCUAUUUUGAGAAAAUUUUGAUCCACGAAAGAAAGGAUCUUGAUGGAAAGCAUGUCAGUACUUUAAAGACAGUCCAUUCGACGAUGAAUGAUCUGUUGUCUCGACGUGGAGAUCAAAAAGGAAUGGCCAUGCAACAAAAUCGUGAUAUUGAAAAUGAGUUUUUGAAAUUUUUGGGAUCUGAAACAUUUUGUUCCUAUUUAUUAAGACUCAAUGUUCCUUUGAAAAAAACAGCAUACCUGUAUGGAUUACCAGAUGAAACUGGAACUUUAAAAGAAGGUGAGACAUUUAUUCAGAUCACACGAAAAAGAAAAACAAUCACAGGAACUGUCUUGGUUACAAAAACACCAUCACUCUUUCGUUCAGAUGUCCAAUCAUUCACAGCUGUUGACAAUCCUAAACUGAGACACUUGUAUGAUUGCAUUAUAUUUUCCACACUCGGUACAACAUCUGCUCCUUCAACAAUAGCAAAUGCUGAUUUGGAUGGAGAUCAUUUCUAUGUAUUUUGGGAUCAUGAAUUGAUAUCUCUACUAAAAACCGGGAUGGACAAAAAUGUGAAAUGUGAACAAACAACAUCAUGUUCAGAUGAACAACAAACAACAUCAUUCUCAGAUGAACAACAAACAACAUCAUGUUCAGAAUUAUCCCUUAAUCAUAUGGUCAACUCACCCACAAAAUCAAUAAGAGAAAUAUUUGAGGAUCGUUUGUCACAUGCAUUGAAUUCUAUUCUUCUACCACUCAAUGACUUUACAUAUUGUUCAUUCAGCCACUUGCUCGAGCUUAGACGACGAUUUUUAGAAAUCUAUGGAUUUGAAUGGGCUCAGAAUGAACAAAAUUACAAGCAUGUUUGGGAGGUGGCGAAUGCAAUUACUAGCACCUUGGAUGCUCCUAAACAUGGCACUUGGAUAAAAUGGAAGGACUUACUACCCAAAUUAGGUCUACAAGAAGUACCAAAAUCGAACAACCAAAACCAACUGCCAAUUAUGAAACAAUUAUUGAAUUCCUUGUUAUGUGCCAUGUUAAAAAGUGACAAGAUAGCCACAAAACCUCUCAAGAUCGUUCAGUAUAUGCUACUAUUAGAAGUGAAAUGUGAACACGUGGAGCCAAAUCCAAAAAAAGAAACGGCCAACGAAACGCUGUUCAGGAUACUGGAUCACAAACACAAAUCCAUACUCAAAUGGGAGUUCAAAGAAGCAGAUCAAUUGAUAUAUGGCUGUGCAUUCAUGACCCUUUUUUAUGAUAUUCUAUGUCAUCAAAAUGCACCCACUACCUAUUUCCAAACUCGUUUAGGUUUAUUUGAUAAUUUGUACACCUUUUCAGGAUCGAUAUCUACUCUAUUUGAGGCUAUUGAGUCAUUCAGUAGAACAUUUUCAAGUAUUGAGCAGGCUUUGAGAAGUUUGAGAUUGUAUGCCCCAAAUGGACAGCUAUUGUUUCCCAAGAUUUUGAAAUUAGCGAUUCAUUGUCUAGAUCGUCAAGAUCACUCUGACAUGAACGAAUUCUUAGAAGAUUAUUUUUGUGCCAAACGACAAUGGAUUGCGUCCUAUUUUCCAUUUCACGAGAAACAUUUAGAAUCCUUAGCCACAAGUUGUAACAUCCCAUAUGAUUUACAAUACGUGGUUUUUAAGGAUCACAUCACGUCUGAUCUUGUUAUGCAUGCAAAAGACAAAACAAGAUGGUCUAGCAGUAUGGCGAUUGAUGAUUCGGCAUUGCGAUAUGAUAACAAUAAUUAUCCCGUCACUGAGGGGUGGAGGAAAUGUAUCAACAAUUUAGAUUAUGAAUUACUUUCAAAGUUUGGAUGGCACAAUGAUAAUUAUCAAAUAGUAUCAUGGGCCACUUAUCAUGACGAUUAUGAUAACUCACACAAGAUCAUUCAUUUUAAGGAGAAUAAUAACCAUUUGCAACAAGUAGUGUUUGUGGUUACUGCACCAGAAGAACAGGACAUUCAGAAUCUGUUAUUCAAAAUAAUGACAUUCUUGGACAAAUCAUUCCUCCCUAAACAUUCCAUUGUGAAAUAUAACAUGUAUCAAAUUAUAAAUACAGAACAAGACAAUGAAUGGCAGGCAAUUGUAACUGUAGAAACUACAUUAAGGUUAUAUGCACAGGAUAGCUUUGAAAAAGAGUGUGGAGAGUUUCUUGAACAUUGUAUUGGUGGAACAUUUCUUCUUCCGUACGACAAUUAUACCCAAAAUAAUUUGUUACUUUUGGAACAAUUGAGAGAUUGUGGAUUCAAACCCUUCUAUCUCAAGACUCUAUUUGACGCUGGUGAAACACAUCAAUGCCUUAUUAUUGAUUUGGAUGAUGAUAUAUUGCAGGAAUUGGAGGAGAAAUUGAAGAAUUUCGAUGACUCUUCUGUUCUGGAAAUGCGUAAUUGGUUAAGAGCACGCUAUCGUCCAACAACACAUUUGAGUAUGUCAUGUUGA